AAUUAAUUGGACUUGGAGCAAUAUGACAGUGUAUCGAUAUCUUGCGAUUAUCGAUAACCAUAUUUGUAUCCGUUUCGAUACCAUAUUAUACUUUAUCUGAAAUCAUCAGUAUAGGUUAUAUUACAAAUAAUUUAAAAAUACUGAAGAUUUAUAAAGAGCUAUGUACAUUUCGAAUUAAAUUCUGACAUUAUUAUAUACGCUAAUAUCAAAAGUUAUCUUAAUUACUAUGUCAAUUUUACGAAGAGCACAGCAAUGGAGCACUUUUUCAACUAUUUGGCAUAUAUAUGAUGCAAAAUGGCAAGAUCCUUAUCUAAGUGCAGAAAAAAUAAAACUUUAUCUUAUGGGUAUCCAUAAGCCGAUAUAUCACCCGAUGAAUUAUUGUGGUGAUCAUGUGAUUGUAAUAAACAGUAAAGAUAUAGCUUUACGAGGAGACGAAUGGCGAAAACGUGUGUAUUUCCAUCAUACUACAUAUAUUGGUGGUGCUUCUUGGACUCUUGCAUGGGAACUUCAUAAUAAAAAUCCAACUUUGAUAGUAACUAAAGCAGUAUAUCGUGCAUUGAAGGGAAAUUUACAAAGAAGACACACAAUGCAAAGAUUACAUGUUUUCCCAGAUGAAAAUGUUCCAGAAGAGAUGCUUCAAAAUGUUUCUAAUCAGAUUAAACAAUUAAGACCAGUUCCAGUUAGGUUAGAUCAAAUUCCCAAAGAAGAAGUAGAACAAUUUCCAAAAUUGUUAGCUUAUCCAGAAGAUUAUAUUCUUAAGUGAUUUAUAAAUUGUAAAUAAAAUAAUUAUUAUAAUACAACAUUGCUGUGUGAAUAUUUAAACAUAGAUAGUAAAAAUGUACGAACACUA